ACCUUGGAAUGUUCCUACCCCAAUAAACACAAAAACCACACCCUGUUAAGUUAGACUAUAUAGAAAAACUGAUAUGAUUUGAUAUAAAAAGCAAGAGAUACAAAAACAAAUAAGAAUAUUAACUCAGUGUUUGAAAUUUAUUAGUGUUAAAAACAUUAGGACUCGACUAUAUAAACAGAUACUGAGAAAGCAGUGAAACUGUAACAUCUUAGUCGUCCUAUACAUAGAGAAGAAGUAGUACGUAGUAGAUGCUUUCGAAACCCUACUCUAACAAAAACCAAGACAUUUAGUUUCAUCACCACUGUUGAGAAACUUGGAGAAGAUUUUCACCAAUGGAUCCCUGUCCCUUCGUGCGUCUCAUGGUAGACUCUUUAGCUCUCAACCUUCCCUCCGCCACCAAACCGCCACCUGUCUCCGGCGUCCACCCUUCCUCUACCCCAUGCUUCUGCCAAAUCCGCAUCACCAAUUUCCCCUCUCAAACCGCGCUUCUUCCACUCUCUUCUUCCUCCUCCGGCGACGCCAACCCCGAAGCCGCAACCUCCGCCCCGGGCUUCCACCUCGACUCCGCCGCGCUCCGUCGCCUCUCCGCCAAACCUCUCACCCUCCGCCUCGCCGUCUACUCCGGCAGCACCGCCCGCGCCUGCGGCAUCUCCUCCGCCAAACUCCUCGGCCGCCUCAACCUCACCCUCGACCUCUCCGCCGCGCUCUCCCGCCCCAACACCUUCCACUCCGGCUGGCUCAACCUGAGAAAGAACAGAACCGGCUUCGAACCGGAGCACAAGCCUGCGCCUCGGGUUCACAUUGUGGUCCGGUCCGAACCGGACCCGCGGUUCGUGUUCCAGUUCGGUGGCGAACCGGAGUGUAGCCCGGUGGUUUUCCAGAUUCAGGAGAAUAAUAUCAGACAGCCUGUCUUUAGUUGCAAGUUCAGUGCGGAUCGUAACUCUAGAUCCAGGUGUCUACCCUCAGAUUUUGCCAACAACCCCAGUAGAUGGAGGAGAACCUUGAAGGGUAUUAGAGAGCGUCAUGGGAGGGAGAGAAAGGGUUGGAUGAUAAUGAUCCAUGAUCUCUCUGGCUCACCCGUUGCAGCUGCCUCCAUGAUAACCCCAUUUGUCCCUUCCCCUGGUUCAGACAGAGUAUCAAGAUCAAACCCAGGUGCAUGGCUCAUUCUUCGCCCCAACAAUGGUGCCUCUGUGAGUAGCUGGAAGCCAUGGGGCCGUCUCGAAGCGUGGCGAGAACGAGGCCCUGUCGAUGGCUUGGGCUACAAGUUUGAGCUCGUCACUGAGAAUGGACCUGCCAAUGGGAUACCAAUUGCUGAGGCCACAAUGAAUGUGAAAAAGGGUGGCCAGUUCUGCAUUGACUACAAAGUGAUGAGGGAUUCUGGAUUGGGUUCAAGGUUGAAAGGAAAAGGGUUUGUGAUGGGUUCCACAGUGGAAGGUGAAGGCAAAGUUAGCAAGCCUGUUGUGCAAGUUGGUGCACAGCAUGUGACAUGCAUGGCUGAUGCUGCUUUGUUCAUUGCACUUUCUGCUGCCAUUGAUCUUAGCAUGGAUGCAUGCAAGCUCUUCUCGCAUAAACUAAGGAAAGAGCUUUGCCAUGAAGAACAACAAGUUUCCUUUCCCUAAAAACCUGCUAGAAGAAUUGAAUUGUUGUCCUUAGUUAAAUUACAAGUUAGUUAUCAUCUGCUGCAGUGAUAGCCAAUGCGUUCCUAGCUUGAUGGAUAGUGGGAACUCUGGUUUGAGCAUAGAGACAGACUUGCAAUUAAUUAUCAAGUCUUUGCAGCUGCUAUGGCGGAUUCAGUUUUGUGAAUGUUGUCAGGAAAUUAAUCAGAGUUGCUAGUUUUGUUGAUUCUACCUUUUUCUGGUUGGAUUUUCUAAACAGCAGAAAUUAGAGGGGUGAUUUUAGCAGCAUUUUUUGUACUGAACAUGUACAGAGUACAGACAAACCACAGGCAAAUGUAUGUUUAUAUAUUUUUAUUUUUUUAUAUAUUUAUUAAUUUUUUUUAUGUCUUUA